UUUGCAGGGUCUUUUCGAAACGAUGGCUUAAAAGCGGCUGAUGUCCUUCCCAUCCUGAAGGAGAAAGUGGCCUUUGUGUCAGGUGGCCGUGAUAAACGAGGUGGUCCCAUCCUGACCUUCCCAGCACGCAGCAAUCACGACAGAAUAAGGCAGGAAGACCUUCGGAAACUUGUGACUUAUUUGGCCAGUGUGCCAAGUGAAGAUGUCUGUAAACGAGGAUUCACCGUUAUCAUUGAUAUGCGGGGAUCCAAAUGGGACUUGAUCAAGCCUCUGCUGAAGACCCUUCAGGAAGCCUUUCCUGCUGAGAUUCAUGUUGCCCUGAUCAUCAAACCUGACAACUUCUGGCAGAAGCAGAAAACUAAUUUUGGCAGUUCCAAAUUCAUCUUUGAGACAAGUAUGGUUUCUGUUGAAGGCCUGGCAAAGCUUGUUGAUCCUUCCCAACUGACUGAUGAGUUCGAAGGAUCCUUGGACUACAAUCAUGAUGAGUGGAUAGAGCUGAGAGUCUCCUUGGAAGAGUUUUUCAACAGUGCCAUCCAUUUGUUAUCGAGGCUAGAGGACCUUCAGGAAAUGUUGGCUAGGAAAGAAUUUCCAGUUGAUGUUGAAGGGUCAAGGAGGCUGAUCGACGAGCAUACACAGCUCAAGAAAAAAGUGAUCAAAGCACCCGUGGAGGAACUGGAUCGAGAGGGCCAAAGGUUAUUACAAUGUAUAAGGUGCAGUGAUGGUUUUUCUGGUAGGAACUGCAUUCCUGGAAGUGCCGACUUCCAAAGUCUUGUGCCAAAGAUCACCAGCCUCUUGGACAAGUUGCAUUCUACUCGGCAGCAUUUGCACCAGAUGUGGCAUGUCCGCAAGCUGAAACUAGACCAGUGCUUUCAACUCCGACUCUUUGAGCAAGAUGCGGAGAAGAUGUUCGACUGGAUCAGCCACAACAAGGAGUUGUUCCUGCAGAGUCACACAGAGAUCGGAGUGAGCUACCAACACGCCCUCGACUUACAGACACAGCAUAAUCACUUUGCUAUGAAUUCCAUGAAUGCCUACGUCAACAUCAAUCGCAUCAUGUCAGUGGCAUCCAGGCUCUCAGAGGCAGGCCAUUAUGCUUCCCAGCAAAUUAAACAAAUCUCCACCCAGCUGGAUCAAGAAUGGAAGAGCUUCGCUGCAGCCCUGGAUGAGCGCAGCACCAUCCUCGCCAUGUCUGCUGUAUUUCACCAGAAGGCCGAGCAGUUCCUUUCAGGUGUGGAUGCCUGGUGUAAAAUGUGCAGUGAAGGAGGCCUCCCAUCAGAAAUGCAAGACCUGGAGUUGGCCAUCCAUCAUCAUCAGUCCCUCUAUGAACAGGUGACCCAGGCCUACACAGAGGUAAGCCAAGAUGGGAAGGCCUUGCUGGAUGUCCUGCAGCGUCCCCUGAGCCCUGGAAACUCUGAAUCCCUCACUGCCACAGCAAACUAUUCCAAAGCAGUCCACCAGGUUUUGGAUGUGGUACAUGAAGUCUUGCAUCACCAGCGGCGCCUAGAAAGCAUCUGGCAGCACAGAAAGGUCCGGUUGCAUCAAAGGCUGCAGCUCUGUGUUUUCCAGCAGGAUGUUCAACAGGUAUUGGACUGGAUUGAAAACCAUGGGGAAGCCUUUCUCAGUAAACACACUGGAGUGGGAAAAUCGCUACACAGGGCACGAGCCCUUCAGAAGAGACAUGAUGAUUUUGAAGAAGUCGCGCAGAACACGUACACCAAUGCAGACAAGCUCUUAGAGGCUGCAGAGCAGUUGGCUCAGACUGGGGAAUGUGAUCCUGAAGAGAUCUACAAAGCAGCCCGGCAUCUGGAAGUGCGGAUUCAGGACUUUGUCCGGAGAGUGGAACAAAGGAAACUUCUCUUGGACAUGUCUGUCUCCUUCCAUACCCACACCAAAGAGCUGUGGACAUGGAUGGAAGAUCUGCAGAAGGAGCUCUUAGAGGAUGUCUGUGCUGAUUCAGUGGAUGCCGUUCAGGAGCUUAUCAAGCAGUUCCAGCAGCAACAGACAGCUACCCUGGAUGCUACUCUCAACGUUAUUAAGGAAGGGGAAGAUCUAAUCCAGCAGCUCAGGGACUCAGCGGUUUCCAACAAUAAGACUCCACACAAUAGCUCCAUCAGCCACAUUGAAUCUGUCCUUCAGCAGCUCGACGAGGCCCAGGUACAGAUGGAAGAGCUUUUCCAUGAGAGGAAAAUUAAGCUAGACAUUUUCCUUCAGCUCCGGAUCUUUGAGCAGUACACCAUCGAGGUAACGGCAGAGUUAGAUGCCUGGAAUGAAGAUUUGCUGAGGCAAAUGAAUGAUUUCAAUACUGAGGAUCUCACUCUGGCUGAGCAGCGCUUGCAGCGCCACACGGAGCGGAAGCUGGCCAUGAACAACAUGACCUUCGAGGUCAUCCAGCAAGGGCAAGAUUUACAUCAGUACAUCAUGGAAGUCCAGGCUUCAGGCAUCGAGCUGAUUUGCGAAAAGGACAUUGAUCUUGCAACGCAAGUGCAAGAGCUGCUGGAGUUCCUCCACGAGAAACAGCAUGAGCUAGAGCUUAACGCCGAUCAGACUCACAAGCGGCUGGAACAGUGCCUGCAGCUUCGACACCUACAGGCGGAGGUCAAGCAGGUGCUAGGCUGGAUUCGGAACGGGGAGUCGAUGCUCAAUGCCAGCCUCGUCAAUGCAAGCUCCCUCUCAGAAGCUGAGCAACUCCAGCGAGAACAUGAGCAAUUCCAGCUGGCCAUAGAGAAGACGCACCAGAGCGCCCUGCAGGUACAGCAGAAAGCUGAAGUGCUGCUACAGGCUGGACACUACGAUGCAGAUGCUAUCCGGGAGUGUGCUGAAAAAGUGGCACUACAUUGGCAACAGCUGAUGCUGAAGAUGGAGGACAGGCUCAAGCUCGUCAACGCAUCGGUUGCUUUUUAUAAAACCUCCGAGCAGGUCUGCAGCGUCCUGGAGAGCCUGGAGCAGGAGUACAGACGGGACGAAGACUGGUGCGGCGGCCGGGAUAAACUGGGGCCGGCAGCUGAGAUUGACCACGUCAUCCCGCUGAUCAGCAAACAUCUGGAACAGAAGGAAGCUUUUCUCAAGGCCUGCACAUUAGCACGAAGAAACGCUGAAGUAUUCCUCAAGUACAUUCACAGAAACAACGUCAGCAUGCCUGGAGUAGCAAGCCAUACCAGGGGGCCUGAGCAGCAAGUGAAAGCUAUUCUCAGCGAGCUGUUGCAGAGAGAGAACCGGGUUCUUCAUUUCUGGACCUUGAAGAAACGGAGAUUAGAUCAGUGCCAACAAUAUGUGGUCUUUGAGCGCAGUGCCAAGCAGGCCUUAGACUGGAUCCAAGAAACAGGCGAGUAUUACCUCUCCACCCACAACUCCACAGGGGACUCAGCAGAAGAAACUCAGGAACUCCUUAAAGAAUAUGGGGAAUUCAGAGUACCCGCCAAGCAAACCAAGGAGAAAGUGAAGCUUCUCAUCCAGCUGGCUGACAGUUUUGUAGAAAAAGGACAUAUACACGCCACUGAAAUCAGGAAAUGGGUCACCACGGUUGAUAAACACUAUCGAGACUUCUCUCUGAGGAUGGGAAAAUACCGCUACUCAUUGGAGAAAGCCCUUGGAAUUAAUACAGAGGAUAACAAGGACCUGGAACUGGACAUCAUUCCAGCUAGUCUUUCAGACCGGGAGGUGAAGCUGCGAGAUGCUAAUCAUGAGGUUAAUGAAGAAAAAAGGAAGUCAGCCCGAAAGAAAGAAUUCAUUAUGGCUGAACUGCUUCAGACAGAAAAAGCUUAUGUCAGGGACUUACAUGAAUGCUUAGAGACCUACCUUUGGGAGAUGACCAGUGGAGUAGAGGAGAUACCCCCUGGGAUACUUAAUAAAGAACAUAUAAUCUUUGGCAACAUUCAGGAGAUCUAUGACUUUCAUAACAACAUUUUCCUGAAAGAACUAGAGAAAUAUGAACAACUGCCUGAAGACGUGGGCCACUGCUUCGUCACCUGGGCAGAUAAAUUUCAGAUGUAUGUCACCUACUGCAAAAACAAGCCUGAUUCGAGCCAGCUCAUCCUGGAACAUGCCGGGACUUUCUUUGAUGAAAUUCAGCAAAGGCAUGGUCUAGCCAACUCCAUCUCCUCCUAUUUAAUCAAGCCUGUCCAGAGGAUCACCAAAUACCAGCUUUUACUGAAGGAGCUGUUAACAUGCUGUGAAGAAGGCAAAGGGGAACUCAAAGAUGGCCUAGAAGUAAUGCUUAGCGUCCCUAAGAAAGCCAAUGAUGCCAUGCAUGUCAGCAUGCUGGAAGGAUUUGAUGAGAACCUGGAUGUUCAGGGAGAGCUGAUUCUGCAGGAUUCCUUCCAGGUGUGGGACCCCAAGUCUCUCAUUCGGAAAGGCCGGGAGAGGCACUUGUUCCUCUUUGAAAUCUCGUUGGUUUUUAGCAAGGAGAUCAAAGAUUCAUCAGGACACACAAAAUAUGUUUACAAGAACAAAUUACUGACCUCAGAACUGGGAGUGACAGAGCAUGUUGAAGGAGAUCCCUGUAAGUUUGCCUUGUGGUCUGGGCGGACACCAUCUUCAGACAAUAAAACAGUGUUGAAGGUAAGUCUUUUGGGCUUGGUUUAUUUGCCUGCAAAGCAUUAA